CUCGUUAUCGUGUAUGCGGUCAGGCCACAGAAACUGAAGUCUCCGACGAUUUAAACGAGAUAAGUAUACGGACCUCAUCCGCGAGCUUCAUCUUCCGAUUCCAUGGCGACCGUGGGCUUCAACAUUGCCUCGGCCUUUAAGGGCCUCUCUCUGAGCUCUAGCUCCGGGUCCUCUUACCUUAGGGGCGAAGUCAGGUUGCCCUAUCCCCGCCGCACCGCCUCCGUCAGCUUUCCGCUAACGAUCGAGUCCGCGCAUAAGAAGGGAGCCGGGAGCACAAAGAACGGACGGGAUUCCAGGGGGAAACGGCUCGGGGUAAAGAUCUACGGAGAUCAGGUAGCCCAGCCAGGCGCCAUCAUUGUGCGGCAGCGGGGCACCAAGUUCCAUCCUGGGAAUAAUGUUGGACUAGGCAAGGAUCACACUAUCUUUUCUCUGAUUGAUGGCCUUGUUAAAUUUGAGAAAUAUGGACCAGAUAAGAAAAAGGUUAGUGUCUACCCACGUAUUGAGCAGCCAGAGAACCCAAAUAGCUACAGAGCCAGGAAAAGGGAAUAUUUCCGACUCCAGCGGGAGCGAAAGAAAGCAAGAAAAGAAGGUGUUCCAUCUCCUGAGCUAGUAUUGGCCUCUUCAACAGACAAGUCUACUGAAAUCAUUCCUAUUUGUUGAAGAAUUCUUUCAUGUGACUUUAUAUCAAAGGGUGCUACAGUCUCAUGGGUCUCCUUUUCUUGUAGAUCUAAUAACAAUUAUUGUUUCCUUGUGCUUUAAGAUUGUCGAUAUGCAAUAUGCAUGAUAUUAGAAUCUGAACAGUGGACUUCUCACAAUUUGUGUAAUGCUUGCUUGAGCCUUGUGCUUCGUUCAAUGUAUUGACCUUCUCUCCUUAACAUUA